AUGCCUGAUCCCUUGUUGAACCAUCUGCAACUGCAUCAGGAACAGUCUAGUUUGGCAUCGCAGUCUGUUACAACAAAUUCGUCAGACCAACAACAAGAUCCCUCGAUGAGCUCCUCGACGGAUCAACAGCCGAAGCCAGGGCUAUUUCGUCGGCCACGACUACUUUCAUCGGGCACCAAUGGCAGCACCAUCACUCAGGAUAGUACCACCAUACCGUUGUCGCCACGACAAGUAAAUUCAUCAAAUCAGGAACAAAACCUGUCAUCGGAGGAAGUGAACCGAAAACGACCUCGGGUUUCAAAAGCCUGUACAUAUUGCCGUUUAAAAAAGGUCAAGUGUGAUGGGAACUUGCCAUGUUUUCAUUGUCAAGAAAGUAACGAUGGCGAUUGUGUUUACGUUGGCGAUCCCAGAAAGAAACCCAAGGCCAGGGCGUUAAACCCCAGUUCCAAAAACCCUCCAAAAACCGCUCCUAUAAAAUCGCCAAAAGUGAACAAGGCUCAAACAAUAAAGCAGUUAAGUUUGAAGUUGGACAAAAUAGAGAAUUUACUAGGAGUGUUGACUGAUGAAAUACGCGGGACAAAACAAUCAAAAGGUAAUCGACCACUAUCCCCGCCUAUAAAGAUUGAUGAAGACGAUACCGGAGUCAAAACUGAAGAUGUGGCAAGAUCUACCGACCAAGGGAAUCAUAAACCAAAUGUACCUCAUAUAACAAGUAACAAAUUUGCAUCACAUUCCAUUUUGGACAUUUUUUCAAAGUCGUCCUUGGAGUCCAUGUUUCAAGGGUUGGGUCCGUGUAAUCGAGUUGAAGUAAGGGACAUUCUACACAUUGGUUCGAUAUACAACUUUUUCUCUCAUGCAUUCAUGGACUCCAUCUGUCAGCCAAUCAAGACCACUAUUCGUAGUAGAACGGACCUUAUAGACAACACAUUCAACAACGCAUCGAUCCCGCUCGAGAUUCUCACCUAUUUUGAUGACAUAUACAUCGCAUCCUAUAUUUGUGAUUCAUCAUAUGUCAAGUCAUUAUUUGAGAGCUACUUUAACAACAACAAAAAGGUUUAUACGAAAGGACCGAAUUCAAAGCUCAGGUCUUUUACAUGGUCAGAAUUGAUGAUUAUGACGAUUCUGAUAGGACUUUGUAUAUCGAUUCUCGUGGACGAAAGAAAUGUAAACAAGAUGAAAAAAAAACCGACGCCGCAUAUAUUACAAUCACUUAGUGAUAAGCAAUUGGUUGAAAUCGAUACUAAAUGUUUCUUCUCGGCGAUAUUCUAUUACAAUCGGUUAGUGUUGUCCAGUGAAGGGGUUGAAACGGUUCAAGCGUUUGCAUUGCUCAUACUUUACAUGCAAACUGUGAUUUCCUCCGUCAAGCUGAUUUUUAUGCCAGUGACUAUAGCUGUUAGGUAUGCACAAGACUUGGGGUUUCAUCGCAUGGAGUCAUAUGAAGGAUUGAGCUGGCAUGAACGCAAUAUGCGCAAAAGAUUAUGGUGGUUUUGUCUGACUUACGAGGUUUCCUAUUGUUAUCGUUAUGGGAAACCUUUGCAAGUGAGGGAAGAUGGUUUGGCUAGCCUCAUUGAAGGCGACAAAUCCACAGCCACUAUUGUGCAAUCCAGUAUCCGGCUGAUGCGGACCUUGUGGGAUGAUGCCAAAAAGCUGAAUGACGUUUCAAGGUUGAGUGAGCUAGGCGAGGAUAAGACGUUGCAUAAAUGCGCGGCCUAUUUCAUGUAUCGCCUUACAAAGAUUCGAGUGCAAUCAUACGACUUGAUUUAUGGUAUUCCUUCACAAGAUGCUAGGCUAGACACUAUUUUGACCUACAUUGAUCAGAUAAACAAAGAUAUGCAAGAUCUCGCUGACUUUAUUGAGCCCCCAAUCACGAUAUGUUAUUACAAUGACCCUCGAUUUUUUUACAAGCCAAAGAACAAACCUCUGGACCAGGUAUUAGCAUUUGAUUGUGGAAAAGAAAAUUUUCUCGCCAUGUAUAUGAACUUUUAUAUGCACUUGAUGACUAUCAAUCGAACUGGUAUUCAAGAAGUACCACCUACAGAAGAGAAUGAAUUGACAAUUGAAAGAGUGAAAGGGUUUAGACAUAUUUCCCUUGAAAGUGCCAGGACUAUUCUUCACAUUGUAAAGAGUUUCAAUUUAAGAAUGAUGCCAUAUUCAUCAUUCAGCUGGUAUCUAUACGAACCUUUUGCUGCUUUUUGUCAUUUGGCGAGUUCCCACUUUGCCAAUCCCAACUCCCCCGAAGCAGAACUGGAUUUGAAACUUAUGAUUGAAAUUUCGUUACAAUAUUUUAGUUACAAAAACAAGACUAAAAGUGUCAAAAUCCAACGCAAUUGCAUUCGACAAACUUUGUUUGAUUUGGUCACUAGAUACUUGUUACGUGUCUUUAUGAAUAUAACGAAUGAAGAAGUCAGAAUGAAAUUGUUUGCUGGUAACAAAGCUCUUCAGAAGCAUUUGGAUUUGCCUGUACAAUUCCCCGAAUUUUACACAUCAGAGGGUAAGUUGGGUAUAAACAGCAGCUCCACCUCAAAAAUUUUUGAAAUGUGGUUUCGUGCCUACAACUUUUCGGAUGUUGAGCCAAGUGCUGAUUCUGUUACAAGACUGGAGAUCUUGGGGGUAAGCACGUCCCGAAGUGAGGUUGAUACUGGAGUUAGUGCUAACAGAACUCGCGAAAGUAAUGCCAACAGCAGUGGUAGCGGCAGUGGCAGUGGCAGCGGCAGUGGCAGUGGCAGCGGCAGUGGCAGCGGCAGCGGCAGUGGCAGCGGCAGCGGAGGAAGUAACAGCAUAAGGAACAGCAACACAGCUACCGGUGCUAGCAGUGAAACCAGCAACGAAACUGAUAGCGCCACUCAUAACGACAGCAGUUCCACCAAAAGGAAAAUCGACAAUAUUUUGAAACAAGCCAUCUCGCCACUGAAUUCGACAAGGGCGAGAUCUCAAGAACAAGGGAGUCAACCUCUGGAUGAACAAUCAGGUAUGCCAAAUUCCUCGCGGCAGGCUCUUAAUUCUUCGUCACAAUUUGUUCCACCUUCCAACGCAAUCCCUCAAGCGUAUACACCCAGAACAAGACAAUUUAGUAAGCACUGGAUGACUGAGCAGAAUCCUCAUACACCCCAGAAUCUCCACCAACGAUUCAAUUCAAACGAUCAACGACAUCAAGUGGAAUGUACCCCGCUGACUUUGCAAUCCAGUGUCCCUUCCCAAUACCGAAUGCAAGAUCUGCGAGAACAGCAUCAAUAUCGACAACCUUCCCACCAGCACCAGCCACCUCACCCUCAGCAACAAUUCCCUGCUCAACUGGGCUACAUGGCAAACUACGCUCCGAGGUACCUGGAUGCGUCAUCUACUGCAUCUCAUUUUUCACAAUACCAGCAUAGCUCCAUCCCACAAGUUUACCCAGUCGAAAUGCAACAACCAUUUGUUCAACAGCCGUCCAUUGAACCUCCUCCCCCUCCUCCAGUGUCAAAUCCACAAAAUCCACCACUUGAACAAGUGAUUGCUCCACCAGCAUUCUUCGAAUCACUUCAUCCUAUUGUCACUGAGAAUAUAGCCACAAGUGGCAAUCCUCAACUGGAUGUUACGGCUCAAUUUGAGUAUGAUUUCAUUGGUGGGUCAAUUACGGAAGAGUUUGAGGAACUGUUUAAGGAUACCAGGAAUGUAUAG